AUGAAGGAGCUACAGAAGGUCGCUCCGCCCGACCUUCUCAAGGCCGCGUUCAUGCUGAUCGCGGCCUUUCCCAUCGCCGGUGUUUUCCGGCUUCUCCCAGCGUCCGCAGUCACUGCGCGGCAUCUGUUCUCCAUCCUGAUAUCUGGAAGUCUAUUUAUCACUCUCUUCGAUCUGUCUGGAUAUCUGCAACUCCUGGGUGCGUCGCUAGUGGUUUACUUCGCCACUCUUUACGGCCGAAGCAGUAAAUGGACACCAGUCCUUAUUCUCAUUGGCACGAUGCUCCAACUCAGUGUUAACCACAUUCUGGGCCAAAUCAUUCAUCAGACAAACGUCAGCUUCGACCAUACGUCGCCGAUGAUGGUUCUAGUCAUUAAGCUGACAUCAUUCGCAUGGGCGGCUCACGACGGGACAAAGCCUGACGAAGAGCUUUCCGAAGAUCAAAAAAAGUUCGUCAUACGGCGAAUGCCAGGCCUCAUAGAAUAUCUCGGUUAUGUCUUCUUCUUUGGCGGUUUCUUGGUCGGACCCGCCUUCGAGUUGGCUGACUACCGGAGAUUUGCCGAAAAUCAGGUGACUUCAAUACUCUGCGGACUUCAGAGACUUAUCAGGGCGCUGACUGAACAUCCACCUAGCUCCCGCAAUAAUACAAUCAAGUGCAUAGCAUCGGCUCUGGCAUGUUUGGCUGUUUACCUGGUCCUGGGGAAAGAUUUGUCGUAUUACCAUGCCAUUACGCCAAAGUUUCACCAAAAGUCGUGGGUUUACAGGGCUCUAUUCAUUCAGGGGUGCGGAUUCGUCGCCCGUACCAAAUAUUACGCAGCAUGGAAAAUGGCCGAAGCAUGCUGCAUUCUCGCUGGGCUGGGCUACAACGGAACAGAUCCCAAAACCGGAAAGCCAUUGUGGAACCGCGUACAGAACAUCUCUAUCCGCAGCCUCGAAACCGCCCUCAACCCGAAAGGCGCCAUAGACAACUGGAACAGCAACACCGGGCUGUGGCUUCGACGAUCCAUCUACACCCGCGUGAUAUCGUCUGGGGUCAAAUCUGCCUCGAUCGCCGCGGUGAUCACAUACGCUACCAGCGCGUUCUGGCAUGGUUUUAGGCCAGGGUUCUACCUCACAUUCUUGACGGGAAGCUUCCUCAACAUUGGCGCAAGGACUAUGCGGCGUAAUGUCCGGCCUCUGUUUUUGGGACAAAGCAAGCUGGCGCCUUACAAACCGGUGUACGAUGUUCUCGGGUGGGCCGUCACGCUGUUUUCGGUGAACUACAUGGCCGCCCCGUUCAUCCUGCAUUCCGUGGCCAACUCACUCGAGUUGUGGGGAACGUUGAACUACAGUGUCCACAUUGCACUUAUUUUAGUAGAAGUCGGCUUCAAGUUCUUUGGACUCUCCACAGUCCUUCGAAGAUUCGGGCAGAGCAUCGGCGCCUCAUACCCCGAACCUCGCUCGAAAGCCACAACGGAAGGAAAGGACAGCAUAGCGGAGUCAACGGGAAAAGCAACGGCCGUAAAGACUUCUCCGUCGUCGUCGUCAAAACCGGUCAAACGCCGCGGCGUGGACGAUAUAGUAGAUAUGGAUCUGUUGGCAGAUAUUGUAGAUGGCACCACAGUCAACGCCCUCCCCUUAGACAGCUGA